AUGGGGAAACCACAAAAGAAAAGGCCAAAGAAACGCAAGGCAAGGACUAAAGAUCCCGAGGCAGAGGAACAAACCAGAAAAAGGGUACAAGCUAUCGAGGAGAAAAGACAGAAGGUUAUUGAGCAAGUUCACCAUUCGUUGCACCAGAGAAGAAUGGAAAAGCGAGCUUUGCAAAAUGCAACUUUUGAAAAAGAAGAAAGAGCUCGCCAGAAGCACUUCAGAGACAUUAAGAAGAAAGGGAGCGAAAAGAUGAUGUUAGAGAUUCGCGACAAGUUGAGCAACGUCGUUGAAACGGGCAUAAAGUGCGUGUACACUUCCGUGAUCAUACCGGAGAAAAUCAAGUACGAUGGUCGCUCGAUACUAUCGAUUAAAGGUGUCAGAUACAGAUUGAAGAAUAACUUGCACAUGGUGGGAUGGGGAAAAGAGGCGGUUACGAUGAGUGCUGCGUUCGAACGAAUUGUCGGCAAGCAAUUGAAAAAAGGAUGGAUGGUGGUGCCUAGAAAAUCGAUUUUCAUGAUGUGGAGUUUCCCGGAAGCGUUUCCCAAGUUGGACAGUCAUAUCUCUUACGUCGAGGGAGGAGUCGAUGGGCAACCGGACGAGAAAUCCGUGGAGGCGACCAGGAGAAUUGUGAACUACUGUAAAAAAUUGAAGAGGAAAGAUCUGUUGAUAGUCAUGCUCUCGCAAGGAAUCGACGACCUUCUGUGCUGCCCGCGAGAAGAAAUUACACUGAGAGACAAGCUCAGAGUACUGAAUAGAUUGAAGACAGCUGGAGCAACUCCGGAGGAAAUAAAUACCGUAAGAAACAAGUUGUCAGCAGUUAGAGGAGGCGAUCUAGCACGGUUUGCUUAUCCAGCGAGAGUCGUCACGCUGAUCACAUCGGACGUUUCCGACGAGCCAAUGACCCAACUAUCAGGUGGACCGUGCGUAUACGAUCCGAAAGAUGACUCAGCCUUGCAAAUUUUAGCGAAGUACAGGGUUAUCGAUAGAUUGCCACAGAGCGUAAGGGAAUUGGUAGAAGAGACCAUUCCGUGGGCCAUGGCCGCGGACAAACAAGUGACCGAAAAUAAUAAGUUCAGAUUUGUCCACGAAUACGUGAUAGCUUGUAACGCGGACGCCAUGGAAUGCAUGUCCGUGGAGGUUUUUAAAUUGGGCUUGUUUCCUUUGAAAUUGAAUUCCACCUGCUUUGGGGAAGUCCAAGAAUUCGCCCGGGAAUACGUUAAGCUGACUUCUCUGAUGAUAUUGGCGGUAGAAGGGAAAAUCACGAGACUGGACUUCUAUCAGGAGAUGAAAGAGAGUCCAAUUUGUUCUCUGACCGACAAGAAGGUGCAAGAAAUAUUCCCGGCGAAAGACAAAUGGGGUUUGGGUCUGUGCCUCUUGUUAGGGGGUCGACAAACUGUCAAUCUCUGCCCCGAGCCAGGAAAGGGCGGACCCAAUCAGGAACUCGCUCUUUACUUUUCAUUAUAUUGGUAUAUGCGUACACGACAGUUUCCAAUUUUGAAAGAGUACACCGUCUGGUUCCUGGGUGGCAGCUCCUACGGUAAAGACGGCAAUACCAGCGCAGCUGGCGCUUUCAGCUAUAAGAGUUUGGGCACAGACGUUUAUCCGGAAUUCCAAAAAGCUCUGAGUGCAUAUCAGACUGCUAAUGCAAAAUGGUGGAAGCUUAUCGAAGAUAACCGCAGGGAGUAUGAAAUACAGCGAGCACGCGAAGAAAUGGUGGAGCUUGAAAUUAUAAAAAACAGAUACGCCUCGAUUAUUCCCAGCACAGUAUUAAAAAAAAAUAAUACAAACCUGAUGUUUCGAAGCAUUAACGACGAAGAUGAAUUGUUAGAAUUGAAAACUGGAAAUUAUUAUACUUUCACGAACGUUGGAGAUCUUCAUGUCAUAAAAAUUGUUCGUUUUCAAUGCAUUUGCGAUAGCAUCUGUCACGGGCAUAAAGAUACUAUAUGCUAUGAUAAAGAAUGUCCUGUCAAUCUAACGUCAGAUGUUGAAAAACGCUCGAAAUUACAAUAUUGUUGCCACAUGGGUGCAUUGAAAGAAGGGGUUGAGAACUAA